UUGUUUUAGUUUGUCUUUUAUUUGUUUACAAGUUUAUUAUAUCCUACAUACCCUAAUUUUCAAGUUAUGGAUACUUAAAGAAAAUGUUUGAAGUAUUUGCCUCGUGCAUCAACAUACGUUACUGCGCGCCUUAAUAAAGUUUUAAUAAAUUUGGCUUCGUCAAUAAAUAAGGUGAAACAUAGAAAAGCAGAAUUCUCAGCAUGUUGUCUCAGUAAUCAUUUGCAAAAUAUUUUUUUAAAAAUAUUAUCUGCCUGUUGAAUGCUUUGCACACAUUGAAGAUGAUAUAGAUAAAAAUGUGUGUUCAGCAUUCGCCCCACUAUGGAAUAAGAAACAUUAAAAGUCGCGGUAAUAUUUCUUGUUCUUAUCAAUGGAGGUACAACAACUUCACCAAGGAUUUCUUCAACUUAAAGUGUACGUACUCUUCUUAGUCGCCAGCGAUCGCAUGCUCGCAACUUAAAUGUAUCACCACUUUCACAAGGCCAUCUAUCAAUGAAAAAUCGAUGAUUCGGAAUUUUAUAUAUCGAAAAGUGUUGUUGGUAAAAUUCAAUUUUCAUAUUCAUUUAUGUUAUCACGGUCAUAUAAUAUAUCAGUAUAUGACGGCUAUUCCAGCAUAAAUGUAUAUUAUAAUAUUAUUUUACCGCUUUUACAAAACAGCAUUUAGACUCAGUAACUCGCAAGCAUAAGAUAUUGACUGCCUGAAAUUCUAUGCAAUUUGUAUUGAAUAUUAUUGCUGGAUAUUAUUUGGAAACAUUAAAUAAAAUCGAGACGUACGUUGGCGAGCAUUUCGAAUAUUAUCUUCAAUUAUCUAUAACUUGGAAACAAAAGUAUAUAGAUAAAUCUAUAGACUAAACAACUUUGUAGAGUGACGCAUUUAGAAUUCUAUAUUGACAAUGGAAAAUUCAAAAAUUUUUGACAAAAUGGUUGAAAAUAAUCCAAAGAAUGUUACCAUAGAAAAUGGCAUCUACAAGGGACUAGUGAAACAUAACUUGGGUAAUUAUGGAAGUCUUGGAGAACUUUUGUGGAUUAAUAUUAACAAUAAUGGAGAUAAAAUUGCACACUUAGACGCACGUACUGAAGAAACAGUGACGUACACGGAGCUACAAAAUAAAGUCGUGAAAUGCGCUUUGUGGUUACAAAAACAAGGAAUAAAAUCAGGUGAUGUUAUCACUGUGUGCACUGAUAAUCAUAUCAACUCCAUUGUGCCCUGUUUUUCUACGGCUUAUAUCAACGCAAUCUUCAAUCCAUGGUACGAAAACAUGGACUCGAAAACUACAUUGUACUACUUGCAAAUGACGAUGCCAAAGAUAAUCUUCUGCAGCGAGAAAUCGGUGCAUGCCAUCUUGAGCGCAAUUAAAGAAAAGAAUUAUAGUUGCAAAGUGGUGGUUUUCGGCAAGCACGUUGGUGCAACUUCGUUCUCCGAUAUCCUGGAAGAAUGCAAUAAUACAGAAGCGGCAAAUUUCCGUUAUGUUAAACUCGACGAUAUCAAGCAGACAGCGUGUAUUAUGCAUUCCUCAGGUACCACGGGGAUGCCGAAAGGUAUCGAGCUGUCCAACUGCUCUAUGAUAGCUCUCGUUCAAACAAACAAUACGAACUCGAUCAAUGGGCCAUCACUUUGGUACUCCAGUCUCUAUUGGAUGACUGGGAUAAUGAUGAACUUCUGUGGGAUUGCACAAAGCUUCACAGCAAUCAUCUAUCCGGAAUUUGACGAGGAAAUGACCUGCCGAUUGAUAGAAAAAUACAAAAUACAAGAUGUAUUUCUUAACACAAGCAUGGCCACUCGGUUACUUAAAUCCGGUUGUGUGAAGAAAUACCAAUUAUCAUCUUUGAAAUUUAUGAAAAUUAGUGGUACAUCAGUUAAGCUGAUAGUCCUGGAAGAAUUGAGACGCAUUUUGUCACAUGUUCAAAUAUUGCAAUGUUACGGAAUGACAGAACUUGGUGAUCACGCAACAAUGCAACUACCAAAUAGUAAGAACGCAUCUUGCGGGGUACCCGUCAAGAAUGUACAAAUAAAGAUCGUGGAUCCAGAAAAUGGGACAAUACUUGGUUUAAGUCAAUCAGGAGAAAUAUGUAUAAAACAUCAAAGUUUAAUGACUGGUUAUUAUAAAAAUCCCGAGGCAACAAAAAAUGUGGUGGAUGAGGAAGGAUGGAUGCAUUCUGGUGAUAUAGGUUAUAUGGAUAAAAACGGAGAAUUAUUUAUUAUUGGUAGAAUAAAAGAAUUGAUAAAGUACAGAGGUUAUCAAGUAUCCCCUGGAGAAAUCGAAAAUGUUUUACAUUCGCAUCCAUCAGUGUUGGAAGUUGCAGUAAUAGGAGUGCUUCACGCAAUAGAUGACGAACAUCCUCUUGCCUUCGUCAGUAAGAAGCCUGAGGCUAAGGUGACAGAACAGGAAUUGAUAGACUUUGUAGCGAAGAAUAUGAUGGAUAUCUAUAAACUACGUGCAGGAGUAAUAUUUAUAGAUCGCUUUCCGUAUACGGCUACAGGAAAAAUGUCAAAAAAAGAUUUGAAAGCAAUGGCCAAAGAAUUGUUAAAAUAUUCUGACAAAAUGGUUGAAAAUAAUCUAAAGAAUUUUACCAUAGAAAAUGGCAUCUAUAAAGGCCUAAUAAAAUAUAACUUGGGUAAUUAUGGAAGUCUUGGAGAACUUAUGUGGAUUAAUAUUAGCAGUAAUGGAAAUAAAAUUGCACAGAUAGACGCACGUACUGAAGAAACAGUGACGUACACGGAGUUGCAAAAUAAAAUCGUGAAAUGCGCUUUGUGGUUACAAAAACAAGGAAUAAAAUCUGGUGAUGUUAUCACUGUAUGCACUGGUAAUCAUAUCAACUCUAUCGUGCCCUGUCUUUCAGCAGCUUAUAUUAACGCAAUCUUCAACCCAUGGUACGAAAACAUGGACUCACAAACUACAUUGUACUAUUUGCAAAUGAUGACGCCAAAGAUAAUCUUCUGCAGCGAGAAAUCCGUACACGCCGUCUUAAGCGCGGUAAAAAAGCAGAAUUAUAGUUGCAAGGUGGUGGUUUUCGGCAAGCACGCUGGUGCGACUUCGUUCUUUGAUAUCCUGAAAAAUUGCAAUGAUGCAGAAACGGCAAAUUUCCGUUAUGUUAAACUCGACGACAUCAAGCAGACAGCGUGUAUUUUGCAUUCAUCGGGUACCACGGGGAUGCCAAAGGGCAUCGAGCUGUCCAACUACUCUAUGAUAGCUCUCAUUCAAACAAACAAUAUGAACGUGACCAAUAUGCCAUCACUUUGGUACUCUAGUCUUUAUUGGAUGACUGGUAUAAUAAUGAACUUCUGUGGGAUUGCGCAAAGCUUCACAGCAAUUAUCUAUCCGGAAUUUGACGAGGAAAUGACUUGCCGAUUGAUUGAGAAAUACAAAAUACAAGAUGUGUUCCUCAGCACAAACAUGGCCAAUCGGUUACUUAAAACCGGUUAUGUAAAAAAAUACCAAUUAUCAUCUUUAAAAUUCAUGAAAUGUAGUGGUACCUCAAUUAAGCCUAUAGUGCAAGAAGAAUUGAGACGUAUUUUGUCACAUGUUCAAAUAUUGCAAUGUUACGGAAUGACAGAACUUGGUGAUAUCGCAACAAUUCAACUACCAAAUAGUAAAAAUGGAUCUUGCGGGGUAGUAGUUAACAAUGUACAAAUGAAGAUCGUAGAUCCAGAAAGUGGAAAAAUACUUGGUCCAAAACAACCAGGAGAAGUAUGUAUAAAACAUCCAAGCUUAAUGACUGGUUAUUACAAAAAUCCUGAGGCGACGAAAAAUGCGGUGGAUGAGGAAGGAUGGAUGCAUUCUGGUGAUAUAGGUUAUAUAGAUGAAAACGGAGAAUUAUUUAUUAUUGAUAGAAUAAAAGAAUUGAUAAAGUACAGAGGUUAUCAAGUAUCCCCUGGAGAAAUCGAAAAUGUUUUACAUUUGCAUCCAGCUGUGUUGGAAGUUGCAGUAAUAGGAGUGCCUCACGCAAUAGAUGACGAACAUCCUCUUGCUUUCGUCAGUAAGCAGCUAGACGCUAAGGUGACGGAACAGGAAUUGAUAGAUUUUGUAGCGAAGAAUAUGACGGAUAUCUAUAAACUACGUGCCGGAGUGAUAUUUUUGGACCGCUUUCCAUAUACGGCUACAGGGAAAAUGUCGAAAAAAGAUUUGAAAGCAAUUGCAAAAGAACUGUUAAAAUAUAAUGACUAAUUAAUUACAUUUUUUUCAAAAAUAAAAAAAAUUACAAGAUUUUAUUCUCUAACAGAACAUGAUAUUGAACGAAUAUUCCAAAAUUAGUUAUGUUAAUAAUGUAUGAGUUAUAUAAUAAUACUGACUUGUUAUCAAAAUAUAGUUUGAGUUAUAGUUAUAAAAAUAUUUAUCCUAUUAAUUUCUAAAAAAUGUUAAUAUAUAAUAACAAAACAUAAAUCGAUGUAUGUAUGAAGACACAAAUAAUUAAUGGUAAAAUUUAUUCACUUA